CUUAACAGCUCGGCUACGAAGACAGUCAGUCAGUCGCGUGCGUGCGUGUCACUGUCAGUCUGCUGGCCCCGUUUGGAGGCAGGCGGGCAGGCAGGCAGGCGGGCAGGCAGCCACGCAGGCAGCCAGGCAGGCUGCGACGAACGCUGACAUUUGGAAUAACGCAGACGCUGCUCGCUCACUCAAUCCAGCAGCAUGCCCGUGCGACAGAAAGAUGCUCAACGAGCCCUUGAGCUUCUCCAGCAGUACAAGGCCAAAUUAGAUCAGAGGCAGCAGAGCCAGCUAAAACAGGGCCCUGUUGAGGAAGAUCACCAACUGCAACAGUCCCUGGACAGAGUCAUCAAUGUGUUCCAAAGCCAGCUCUUUAGUGCCCUGCUCGACAUUCAGGAGUACUAUGAGUUAACCGUCCACGCUGACAGCCAAAGUUCAAGCAAGCUGAUGGAUGACACCGUGACAGCUCCCUCCUCUGACAAGCUAGUAGCAGCCGUGCCGGUGCCGGUGCCGGAGCCGGUGCCGGAGCCGGAGCCGGUGCCGGAGCCCACCUCCGGUCAGCUCUCCAGCCCGGCUUCAGCGGAACCGUGCCAGCCAAAAUGCAUAUCCCCCAAACCCAAGUCAAUCAAGUCUCCUGCUCCUCCAAUCCCAUCAAAACAAGCGGUGUCCCCUUCAUCGCCGCCGCCUCCUAUUGCUCAGUCACAAGGGUCCAAGGUCAAGUCCCGAGCCCCACCUCCUCCAAUCCAGGAUGCGGACAUUUCCAAGCCCUCGUCCCCGUCCUGCGCAGAGCCGCCGUCAAUAAGACAAAAUGAUCAAAAGGCACCUCUCGAUGCCGUUUUACCCUCAGAAUGCUCGCCCGCUUCUCCUAGCAGUGCAAGUGAGCUAGUGACUGUCUCAAGUCUGGUCUUGGGAACCAUCCAAGGCUUAGUGUCUGACCCAGACAAAGUCGGCCGAGCUCCCGACAGCGUUGCAGACGAUCAAGGCUCAGGCCAAAACACUCCAAUAUCAAGUCCUAUGACUCCUAGCAAUGGAAAAGCUCCAUUUGGUAGCCACAGUCCCUCAGUGCCACCAAGCAAAGGACCCGUGAAGAGCCCGCUGAAAGUCACGGCCUCUCCCACCAGCCCUGGCCAGAGAGGGGUCAAGAAGUAUCGAUACCCGGGAGAGGAAGGGGUGUCGCAAGGCCCGGCAAAAUUCCACCAACAUAGCUGCUGCCGUCAGCACCCGAGCAAAGAGCUGAGUGAUGCGAGGACUCUCGGGAGGCUAGGGAUGGAUCAGGGCACCUGGAGAAGAGCGAGGAGGCACAGUGGAGAUUUGGAAGCCAGAGACACGGGAAACUCGCUCACCAGGGCCGGCUCUCUCGGUCGCCGCGGCCAUCUCCGUGGGGCCGAGCUGGUUCAGGUGGCCGAGCGACAGCUCUCUCAGAUUCAGCACGUCCACGGAUAUGUCACUCACGCGCACAUCACACCCGCUCAGGCCAACCCCCCUCCAUUGGUGGUGAACACAGACCAGUGUGGACACCCCCCCAUAUGUGAGGUGAACGACUCCAUCGUCCGGGUCAAUGACACCGACGUCAGGGAAGUGAGCCACAGUGGGGCGGUGGAGGCACUCAAGGAUGCCGGAGGUUUGGUCCGACUGUGCGUACGACGCAAGAAGAGCCUUACCGAUAAAAUGGUGGAUAUCAAGCUAGUCAAAGGACCCAAAGGGAGCCUCGGCGUGUGUUGCUUCACCGAGGGUCUACGGGUCUUGGUUUCAAUAUCGUUGGAGGAGAAGAUGGCGAAGGAAUAUUCAUUUCCUUCAUUCUGGCUGGUGGUCCAGCUGAUCUUUGUGGGGAACUCCACAAGGGGGACCGGAUCCUCUCUGUACGUGAAUGGAGUUGACCUGUCGACAGCGACACACGAGCAGGCGGCUGCGGCUCUGAAGAACGCGGGACAAACGGUCACCGUUGUAGCGCAGUAUAAACCGGAAGGUGAGUGCUAA